AUGCUCAGACAUGGAUGCAGUGGCCUUUGUUUCUGCGGCCCGUCCGCGUGUCUCCGAAAGCUGACCCUGUCCCACUCACAUCCCUCGCCCGCCAUCAACGCCCUCCACGCUGCCUCUCGGUCUAGUCCUCGACACCGUCCUCUGGUACCAUGCAUGGCAUACACUUUUAGCCCCGGCGGGUAUGUAAGAUCAGUCACACGGUGCCCGUUUCCCACCGCUCGUGUUCCUGACCCUCAUCCAUCUGUCGUAAAGUCUGGCUCUACAAGAGGGGUUCCACGGCCUUCAUGCCUAGAAUGUCUUGGUCUAGCCGAGCCGAAGGGGCAAAAGAUCUUCGGCGUCUUUGGAGGGAACUGGAAGCUGAAAAAGUAUGGAGACCGUGGUGGAGUGGGUGGUGGGCAAGUUGACGCCCACGCGUAUGCUUCUCGGCAUGAUGACCGCCUCGAGUAA